GUGAGGAUUUUGAUCAAAUUGGUAGGUAUCCCUGAAAAUGCAGUAGAGCCUACUUUUAGAUAUACAAACAGCAGUUCACAGAAAUAAUAAUUUCCACACACUUGAUUUUCACAAUGGGCGCAGCAAAGGCAGACCGAUGGAGUGAGCGUGGUACAAGGCCCGUGCGGGUCGCCAACUGCUCUGGAUACAAAGCGGAUCCGGGAUAUAACAUGCGCAUGCAGGCGGAGCUGGGCGACGUCGAUUUCAUCACGGGAGACUAUCUAGCUGAGGUGAACAUCGCCGAAAAUGCCGAAGCCAUGGCGGCGGGUAACCACCCGGGCUGGGAAGCCACCGCAUGGGACGGCAUCGAGCAGACGAUCGACAUAUUGAAUGAGAAGCGGAUCAAAGUCGUCGUGAACGGCGGGGCGCAGAACCCCCGAGGUCUCGCGGAGAAGGUUCUGGAGCUAGUGAAGAGCCGUGGAUAUUCGCUGAAAGUCGCGUACGUGGAGGGCGAUAACCUGCUGCCCAAGAUCAAUCAGCUCGUCGAGGAGGGUUUGCCUGCACACCUGGAUUCCGGAAACGCGGACGUGAACCUCCCGAAGAAUAGCCUGGCGGUUUUGGAUAAGUCGAAGCCCAUCGUCGCUGCGAACGCGUACCUGGGAGCCAGGGAGAUCGUCAAGGGCCUCGAGCUCGGAGCGGACAUCGUCAUCGCAGGCAGGGUGGCAGACGCGUCGCCCGUUAUUGGAGCAGCUCAGUACUGGCACGGAUGGUCGGCGACAUCGUACGAUGAGCUUGCCGGUGCCCUGGUGGCAGGACAUCUGAUCGAAUGUUCCGCCUACGUUACCGGCGCGAAUUUCUCGGGAUUCCAUGAAUACGACCUGGACAACUUUUAUGAGAUGCCGUUCGGCAUUGCGGAAAUAGCGAAGGACGGGAGUGUCGUAGCGACAAAGCAUGACAAUACGAAAGGUAUGGUGACUGUGGAUACAGUACAAAACCAGUUCUUGUACGAGUUGCAAGGGAAUGUAUACUUGAACAGCGAUGUCAAAGCCUAUAUCGAGAAUGUUAAGAUCGAAGAAGUUGGCAAGGACAGAGUCCGACUUAGUGGCAUUCGAGGUGCUCCUCCACCCCCAACCACCAAGCUAGGGAUCUUCUAUCGAGGCGGCUUCCACAAUGAGAUUCUAGUAAAUGCGACAGGAUAUUCCACAGCAGAGAAAUGGGACUUGUACGAGCGUAUAAUGCGGAACGGAUUAAGGAAACAGGGGACCAUCGAUGACUUCGAUCUGCUGGAGUUCCAGAUUCUCGGUGUCCCUCAGCCAAACCCGCGAUCGCAGCAAAAGAGCACGACAUACAUGCGAAUCUUUGCGGAGGCGGCGCGGGAGGAAACGCUCUACUCGCUGGUUAAGACCAUGGGCGAGAAUUCCAUGCAGCAUUUCUCAGCAGGAUUCCAUUGCUCGCUUGACAUGCGAACGGCGGUCCCCCGACCAUACCUGGCAUUUUACCCGGCUCUCUUCGAGCAGGACCGGCUCGAGACCGCGGUGAACGUGCUGGAUAACGCGACAGGGAAAGCAGAGAGGUAUGAAACCGGACAUCCCCCGAAGUACGAUGCUUUGGAGAAGCGACUCAACUACAACACCGACGCGCCCGCCGCCGUGUCGAGCUUUGGGCCAACCCAGUCCGUCCGGCUCGGCGAUAUCGCUCUGGGUCGCUCAGGGGACAAAGGGCCGAACGUGAACUUCGGAGUCUAUAUGUACAAGCCACGCGUGACGUCCGAGUCCACGGAUCAAGAUGCGUGGAACUGGUUCCGCUCGUUCAUGUCCCGGGAGAGGAUGCAGGAGCUCCUAGACGAGGACUGGCGCGAUGAAUAUUUCAUCGAACGCGUCGAGUUCCCUAGGAUUGGGGCGGUCCAUUUCGUCAUCUAUGGAAUUCUUGGACGGGGGGUUAGUAGUUCGGCGCGUCUUGAUGCACUUGGAAAGGGAUUUGCGGACUACAUCCGUGACAAGGUGAUUGAGGUACCAGAGAAGUUCCUGGUUGCUCUGAGACGGAAUGGUGAAUCUAAGAUGUAAAAUAGUCCAGAUAUUCUUCAAAACUGGGUACCUAGUUGGUUGACAUGCGACUGUUAUCUGAGGUUCGGUCAAUUAGUUGAAG